AUGGAGUGUGAGUCCACAGUGGGUAACCUGAGCGUGGCCAGCCCGUUCAGAGUUCUGCUCUGCCAGUCGACCCAUCGAGUCACCUCGGGUGUGAGACUCAAAGCCUACAGUAUGGAGGCUGGUUGCCCAAGACCAAGACACAAGCAGAUGCAGUGUCUGGAGAGGGUGCCUUUCCUGUCUUUUCACUGGGUCCUCACAAGGCAGGAGAGGCAACGGCAGGAGGGGGAGCAGAAAGUGAACCAGAAAGCAAGUCGAGCCAUGGUCUCUGCAGCAGUUUCCUGUCCACUGAGUGAUGGGUCAGAGUGCGAUUGCUUUCCACGCCAGGACAGAAAGUGCUGAUACGGGAGCCUCUUCCAGCCAGACAAGUUUGGGGGAAACAUCUGCAGUGGUGAUGUGUGGGACCAAGCCAGCUGCAAUAGUCCUACACCUUGUCUAAGGCAACCACGGUGUGGACAAGAUUUCCAGUGUAAAGAGACAGCUCUUUCCCAGCAGCUGUCUCUUCAACUUAGGUACAACAUCCUGACCCAGAGAGAAGCACAGAGCAUGUACAAUGCCAGGUAUUACAGGAGCCAGUGUAAGCCGUGUACAGGGGGCAAUGGGGGGAGCUCCGGGUCCAACCCUAACUGCAAGCGACUAUACUACGGAGAUGAGAAGCCCUACAACUGCCUGAAGUACCACUUUGAAGCCUCGGCAGAUACUAGAAUGUUCUCAGAGUUGUAUGAUGGUGCAAAUGACCUGCUUUCAAAAGUAAAAAAUGACAAAUUCCAGUCAAAUGGAGUAACUGUUGGCAUAGCAUCCUGGUCAGAGAAGUCUGCAUUCUUGUAUAAGUUAGGCAAGUACAAUGAGGAGAGAUAUGGCUUCCUGAGAAUUUUCAUAAAGAUUCAGACUGCUCACUUUAAGAUGAGGCACAAGAUUGUACUGGGUGAAGGGAUGCUGCAGUCGGUGGAGUUUCCAGAACAGUAGAAUUAUGGCACUUACUCCACGUUCACUGAUGAGUCUGGAUCCAUGGGUGGCACUUAUGAAUACAUCCUGUUGCUCGACAAAGCACAAGUAGAAUGUCUUGGUGUCACCAGCAAAGAUACCAAGAAAUGCCUUGGAGGUGCCCUGGGCCUUGAGUAUGCAGAAGAAAAGAAUGCCAUAGGUGUGGAACACGUCGUUGUUCAAGUGCGAAGUGGCAGUGCUGCAGGAUCUGGGGGCUUGACACAAGACAGCAGCACCAUUACACACUGCUCCUGGGGCAGAUCAUUAAAGUAUAAUCCUGUUGUCAUUGAUUUUGAGGUAAGUCUUUUCGCAGGAGCCAAAGCUGAUGGUGGCUGGAGCUGCUGGAACUCCCAGUUUGCAUGCAGAGCAGGCGCCCAGGAAAGGAGGAGAGCAUGCGACAACCCUGUACCCCAGGACGGAGGUGCCCAGUACCCACGGCCGAGAGUGCAGACCCAGGCCUGCUGA